CUUUUAUUAUUUAGUCAUCUCUCUCUCCCCCCUCUCUUCCACCUUCCAUCCCUCCAAUCUCCAUCUUUCUCCUAAGAAUCUAACAUUUCUGUAUCAGGGUCUCUUUCAUAUUAAACAGCCAUUGCUAUAUUUUAUUUUCUUGAGUUUUUUCAUCUAAAAAUCCAAUCUUUGGUCCAUUUCUGUAUAUGGGGGUAUUCCCAUAUUUUGCCUUUGUAAUAUUUUCCUUUUAAAUUUGAUCCCUUUCAUUGUAUUUUCAUAUAAAAAUCCAAUCUUGGUCCUUUUCUCUUGUUUUUAUUCUUCUUACUCUGGAAAUUUGGAGCUUUUUUGACGAAUUAUAAUACCAUUUUGGUGUUUUUUGUAGUAUAAUAUAUAUCAAAAUUUAUUACUUCUCAACACCCAUUGACCUAGAAAAGUCAAUUCUUAUUAGUUUGCAGCCUUUUGCAAAUGUUUUAUAAUAACCAUUUUUUCUCUUUGGUUAAUUGAACUCGUACCAUUCUUGAUCACACAUUUGUAUUCAAUAAAAAUUUGAUCUUUCUUGUUUUUCAAUCAGUUUCUUGUUAAAAAUUUCAACUUUUGUUGGUGGGGUUAUGUGAUUUUUUUUUUUGGGGAAAAAAUAUGAAGCUUUUAGUAAGAGUAAUUGAAGCAAAGAACAUACCAGCAAUGGACCCAAAUGGAUUUAGUGAUCCAUAUGUGAAAUUAUCAUUAGGAAAACAGAAGUUUAGAAGUAAAGUAGUGAAAAAAUGUUUAAAUCCUUCUUGGUGUGAGGAAUUUGCUUUUAGAGUUGAUGAUUUGAAAGAGGAGCUUAUUAUUUCUGUUUUAGAUGAAGAUAAAUAUUUCAAUGAUGAUUUUGUUGGACAAAUUAAAUUUCAAGUGUCUCAGGUUUUUGAAGCUAAUGAUAAAUCACUUGGUACUGCUUGGUAUACUUUGCAACCUAGGCAUAAGAAGGCCAAAAAUAGAGAUUGUGGUCAGAUUCUUCUCACAAUAUGUUUCUCGCAAAGCAGUACAUUGGCGGACAUGCAGUCCGCUGGUGAUCAUGGACCACCGUCGAAGAAGUUGCCUGAUGUGCCAACUGAACCUCCAUUUUUGUCUUCUAAUGGCUCCUUGAGAUCAUCUUCUCCUCUGAGAUCCGAAGAAGCAGCCUCUGCUAAGGAGGAAAAGCCUCAGGCGCAAACCUUUGCUGGUCGACUUGCUCAAAUUUUCAACAAGAAUGGGGAUGCAGUAUCCGCGACUAACGUGAAAGCUCCAGAUAUAACAGUGACACCUGAAAGUGCCAGUACAGUAGCUUCUGAGAAUGCACAAGAGGAACAGUCCACAUCGGGAAACUUUCAAGAACUAAUUAAAAGCAUGGAGGCAAGAGAACAAGGAAGCGAAAUUUCAAACCUUCCUGGAGUAGUAGUCGAUCAAUUGUAUGCUAUUGCCCCGCAUGAAUUGAAUUCAUUCCUGUUUUCACCGGAUUCAAACUUCUUUAAAUCCUUAGCAGAUAUUCAGGGAUCCACGGAGUUGCGUAUUGGACCUUGGAAACUUGAAAAUGGUGGUGAGAGUUUAAAAAGAGUGGUCACUUUUACUAAAGCUGCAAGUAGAUUGGUCAAGGCUUUAAAAACUACAGAGGACCAAACGUAUCUUAAAGCUGAUGGGAAGUCUUUUGCUCUUUCAGCUAUUGUGAGUACCCCGGAUGCCCCAUAUGGAAGCACUUUCAGAACAGAAUUGCUUUACAACAUUACUCCUGGUCCUGAGUUGCCUUCGGGAGAGCAGUCUUCGAGGUUAGUAGUGUCGUGGCGUAUGAAUUUCUUGCAAAGCACUAUGAUGAAAGGCAUGAUAGAAAAUGGUGCACGGCAAGGUAUUAAGGAGAGCUUUGAGCAGUAUGCAAACUUAUUAUCUCAGAAUGUAAAGCCAGUUGACGCAAAGGACAUAGGUUCAGAGAAAGAACAGGUUUUGGCAUCUCUAGAAGUGGAGCACCAGUCCGAUUGGAAGCUGGCUUUCCAGUAUUUUGCUAAUUUUACUGUAAUAUCAACCUUUUUCAUUGGGAUAUAUGUGUUUUUGCACAUCUUGUUGGCAAUGCCUAGCACAAUACAGGGGCUUGAGUUUGUUGGCCUUGACUUACCAGAUUCUAUUGGUGAGGUAAUUGUGUGUGGAGUGCUAGUACUUCAAGGAAAACGGGUACUGGAGCUGAUAUCACGCUUCAUGCGAGCUAGGGUACAAAAAGGAAGCGACCAUGGUGUCAAAGCACAAGGAGAUGGCUGGCUGUUGACCGUUGCCUUGAUUGAAGGAAACAAUUUGGCAGCUGUUGACUCAAGUGGCUUCUCUGACCCAUAUGUGGUGUUCACAUGCAAUGGGAAAACUAGAACCAGCUCAAUCAAGUUCCAAAAGUCUAAUCCCACAUGGAAUGAAAUAUUUGAAUUUGAUGCAAUGGAUGAGCCGCCAUCUGUUCUGGACGUAGAAGUGUUUGAUUUUGAUGGACCUUUUAGUGAAGCUACAUCUCUUGGGCAUGCUGAAAUCAAUUUUGUCAAAACUAAUAUAACAGAUUUGUCUGAUGUUUGGGUUCCUCUUCAAGGAAAGUUGGCUCAAGCCUGCCAGUCUAAGCUGCAUUUAAGAGUUUUCUUGAAUAAUACAAAGGGUACCAAUGUUGUCAAAGACUAUCUGUCUAAGAUGGAGAAGGAAGUUGGGAAGAAGAUAAAAUUACGAUCUCCUCAGACCAAUUCAGCAUUCCAAAAGCUUUUUGCGCUUCCACCUGAAGAAUUUCUCAUCAAUGAUUUUGCAUGUCACUUGAAACGCAAGAUGCCUCUCCAGGGCCGACUAUUUUUGUCUGCAAGAAUAAUUGGGUUCCAUUCUGAUCUAUUUGGACAUAAGACCAAAUUUUUUCUUCUUUGGGAAGAUAUUGAAGACAUUCAAGUUGAGUCUCCUACUUUGGCGUCAAUGGGUAGCCCGAAUGUUAUCAUGACUUUAAAGCCCGGUAAAGGUUUUGAUGCAAGGCAUGGUGCCAAGACUCAAGAUGAGCAAGGCAGGCUGAAGUUUCAUUUCCACUCUUUUGUCUCUUUCAAUGUGGCUCACAGGACUAUCAUGGCAUUGUGGAAGGCAAGAGCUUUGAGUCCCGAGCAGAAGGUGCAGUUAGUUGAAGAAGAGUCCGAAGCUAAAGGCCUUCAAAUGGCAGAAGAGGAUGCGCUAAGCAGUGACUUCCAAGCUGCAGAUGAUGACUCUGAAGGAAAAAGCCUUCAAUCGGAAGAGAGUGGAUCAUUCGUGGGUGUGGAGGAUAUAAAUAUGUCUGUAGUUUAUUCCUCUGUACUUUCAGUUCCAACGGACUUUUUCAUGGAGUUAUUCAGUGGUAAUGAACUUGAUCGUAAGAUCAUGGAGAAAGUCGGCUGUCUUAAUUAUUCUUUUAGUCCCUGGGAAUCUGAGAAGCCUGAUGUGUAUCAGAGGCAACUUUAUUAUAAAUUUGAUAAGUGUAUAUCCCGUUAUAGAGGUGAAGUUACAAGCACGCAGCAGAAGUCUCGCCUUUCUGAUAAAAAUGGUUGGCUCGUAGAGGAAGUCAUGACUCUUCACGGAGUUCCACUGGGUGAUUUUUUCAAUCUUCACCUGAGAUACCAGGUUGAGGUUGUCCCCUCAAGAUCGACGAGAUGCAACGUUCAGGUACAUCUGGGAAUUGCUUGGUUGAAAUGCUCGAGACAUCAGAAAAGGAUCACGAAAAACAUAGUUUCCAAUCUGCAAGAGCGCCUAUUAGUCAUGUUCAGCGGAGUUGAGAAGGAAUAUCUCUCAAAAUCUGAUCCCGUCGUGAUCUAGAGGGGUCCUUUGGCUUUUGCAAACCCUCGGAAGGACUAAUUAUCGCCAAUGUACACAAUCCCGGUUGAUCCUCAUCCACCAAAUUUUCGCUGACACUGUUGUUGUAUAAUAGUUCAUGAGUCACUAACACUGAUAGGAAGAAGCAAAAUGUGUAAAAAAUACACUUUGGAGCUCAGUGUAUGGUUGAAACAUCAGGAAUACGCGGCCAAGACAUCGAUCUCCCAGUCGCAACGUUUGGAUACAUGCUUAAAUUUUUAGUAUGAUACUGACCUCAACUGGUUUGGAAUUGUGGUGUAGUUAUUGUAUGGCAUCUUACGUUCAAGUAGAUUCGUGACCAUAAUUUUUUUGACAUUAAACAACUUUCAUUACUUCAAACUCCGCGAUGAGGAGAAAUUUUUUGUUAUGUACAUAAUACUACUUAUUGUAGGAUUUGAUAGUUCUUUGGAUGUCAAAUGUAUUCUGCCAUUUUGCCAAGUGAAAAACCAUUCAUGCCACUUAUUUUCU